AUGGACACGAUCCACACCAAUGGCGCUGCUAAAAGGAAACAACAUCCUGGCUUGGUGGAUGGAAGACCGCAGAAGCAACAUAGAGGAAUAAAUGGGAAGGAAUCUGCUGGUGACAAUACUCCUGAAAUCGCAUUUGAAGAGGACGUCGAAAUGGAAGAGGAGCCGCGAAUUAUUCCAGCCGCAUUGGCAGAUUCUGCAGAGUGGCAAGCGACCAUAGAGAAAGUUGUACGAAACGUUGUUUCAAUCAGAUUCUGCCAGACAUGCUCUUUUGAUACAGAUCCUGCGUUGACCAGCGAGGCCACUGGCUUCGUGGUCGAUGCAGAACGAGGAUAUAUUAUGACAAAUCGGCAUGUUGUAGGCUCAGGGCCUUUCUGGGGCUACUGCAUUUUCGACAAUCACGAAGAGGUUGAUGUCUAUCCAGUAUACCGCGAUCCUGUCCACGACUUUGGUAUUCUUCGAUUCGAUCCCAAAGCUAUUAAAUACAUGCCUUUAUCGGCUCUACGUCUAAGGCCAGACCUCGCAAAGGUUGGAUCUGAGAUUAGGGUUGUGGGAAACGAUGCGGGAGAGAAACUUAGUAUUCUUUCAGGAGUCAUUAGUCGGUUGGACAGAAAUGCCCCCGAAUAUGGUGAAGGAUAUUGCGAUUUCAAUACCAACUACAUACAAGCUGCCGCUGCAGCAAGUGGUGGAAGUUCUGGGAGUCCGGUCGUUAACAUUGACGGAUACGCUGUUGCACUUCAAGCCGGAGGUAGAAGUGAUGGAGCGGCGACCGAUUACUUUCUGCCACUCGACCGACCGCUUCGAGCACUACAGUGCGUACAAGCUGGGAAGCCAAUCACUCGAGGAACAAUACAAUGCCAGUGGAUGAUCAAGCCAUUCGAUGAAUGUCGCCGUCUUGGAUUGACACCCGAAUGGGAGAGUGCGGUCCGUAAACUUUUCCCAAAGGAGACUGGUAUGCUUGUAGCAGAGAUUGUCCUACCCGAAGGUCCUUCGAGUGCCAAAGUAGAGGAAGGAGAUGUGCUGAUUAAGGUCAACGGGGAACUUCUCACACAAUUCGUACGGCUUGAUGAUAUUCUCGACUCCAGCGUAGGCGGCAAAGUCAAAUUGCUGGUGCAACGUGGUGGCGAUGAUAUUGAAUUCGAAGUCGACGUUGGGGACUUGCACGCUAUCACACCAGACCGGUUCGUUUCCGUCGCGGGAGCUAGUUUCCAUGAUCUAUCCUACCAGCAAGCGCGUCUGUAUGCUGUCGCUUGUAAGGGUGUUUUCGUUUGCGAAGCUACGGGAAGCUUUCGAUUCGAGAGCACUGAUAAUGGCUGGAUUGUUCAGACAAUCGAUCACAAACCUACUCCAGAUCUUAAAUCUUUCAUCGAGGUCAUGAAGGGCAUUCCAGAUCGCACCAGGGUGGUCGUUACAUAUAAGCAUCUCCGAGACCUUCACACUCUCAACACUAGUAUUUUGCACAUCGACCGUCACUGGUCCAGCAAAAUGCGGCUCGCAGUCAGAAAUGAUGAAACGGGAUUGUGGGACUUUACUGAUCUGGCGGAUGCCAUUCCCGCGAUUCCACCGGUGCGGCGAUCAGCCGAUUUCAUUCAACUUGAGAAUGCACAGCAUCCAGCUGCUGCCGAUAUUGUGCGGAGUUUCGUAAGAGUACUCUGCCACAUGCCAGUCAAGCUCGAUGGCUUUCCGCGCAACCGCAAGUGGGGUAUGGGUGUCGUGAUAGACGCAGAGAAAGGUUUGGUUGUCAUAUCUAGAGCAGUUGUACCUUAUGAUCUCUGCGAUAUCUCUAUCACUAUAGCAGAUUCUAUCAUUGUUGAGGGCAAAGUGGUAUUCUUGCACCCACUGCAAAAUUACGCCAUCAUCAAAUAUGACCCUUCUCUCGUUGAUGCUCCUGUGCAAAGUGCCAAGUUGAGCACAACCCACAUCACUCAAGGUGCAUCAACCUACUUUGUCGGUUUCAACCAAAAUAUGCGAGUUGUGAUCGCUAAGACCUCUGUCGUUGAUAUCACCGCCGUGGCAAUUCCAGCUAAUUCUGGAGCACCACGGUACCGGGCUGUCAAUGUCGAUGCUAUCACGGUAGAUACAAGUCUUAGUGGGCAAUGUGGUAGUGGUGUUCUUGUCGCCGAGGACGGAACAGUUCAGGCCUUAUGGCUGACAUAUCUUGGAGAACGAUCUCCUGUUUCUCAAAAAGAUACCGAUUAUCAUCUUGGUCUCGCAACACCUACACUCCUUCCGGUCAUCAAGAAGAUUCAAAAUGGCGAGCAACCUAAACUUAGAAUGUUGAGUGUUGAAUUUACUGCUAUUCAGAUGAGUCAAGCACGUAUUAUGGGUGUAUCUGAAGAGUGGAUCAAGAAAGUUGCUCUUGAUAAUUCCGCUCGUCACCAACUUUUCAUGAUACGCAAACGUACGUUUGAGCGAGGCGAACAAUUAGGUUCCUUGAUGGAAGGAGAUGUUAUUUUGACGCUCAACGGCAAGAUCAUCACGCGCGUCAACGAGCUCGAUGUGAUGUAUGACCACGAAGUUCUUGAUGCUGUCAUCGUGCGAGACUGUGUCGAGAUGACACUCAAGCUUCCAACUGUCUCAGCAGACGAUCUGGAAACUGAUCGUGCUGUAAGCUUUUGUGGUGCUGUUUUACAUCGUCCUCAUCAUGCUGUGCGACAACAGAUCAGCAAGCUUCACAGUGAAGUCUAUGUCUCUGCUAGAACUCGUGGUAGUCCCGCGUAUCAAUAUGGUCUUGCACCAACCAACUUCAUCACCCACGUCAAUGGCAAGAAGACACCAGAUUUAGAGUCUUUCUUGAAGGCUGUGGUAAAUAUUCCUGAUAAUACUUAUUUCCGACUGAAGGCCAUGACUUUUGAUAACGUACCAUGGGUCAUCACCAUGAAGAAGAACGAUCACUACUUCCCAACUAUGGAGUGGAUCAAAGACCCAUCAGAAUCAUCAGGCUGGAGACGUGUAACAUAUGAACAAGGCAAAGCUGUUCCAGGGGAGGGUGCUGAUGGAAUCAACGUCAUUGCGGAGGAUGCGUAUGAGAUCGACCACGAUGUCGGCGGUGAGCUGCCCGAAAGCAACGAGACCAAAUGA